UAAAAGGAUUCAAAAUAAUAAGACUUUCGGUGAUACUUUCUUAAUAUUUUUCUGAAAUUAUUUGGCGAAAGUCUUAAAAUAUAACCCUAAUGGAAACAGUACUAAUUUUUUUUUUUUUUUUGAUGGAGAAUGGUGCAUCCUAAUGUAUAUUCAUACAUUUAUACAUACUUAUUUAUAUUCCAGUGCACAAAACAAUUAAUUGAAUCAAUAAAAUUGUCGAUCAUGGAUGUGCCGACAGCUGAAAAACUUGCAACGCUAGCCUUUCAACAAUUUAAGUUAUUACCAAAAACCGGAAAACCUUCUGCCAGUGAAUGGACAAUUUUUUCGUCAAUUCUGUUGCACAGUGCGGCUGAAGAGAAGACUGAAGUGAUAUCAAUAGGAUGUGGCACCAAGUGUAUAGGUAAAAGUAAACUUUGCAGCCACGGCUUCAUCCUGAACGACUCCCAUGCAGAAGUGCUGGCUAGACGUGCUUUACUACGUUACAUUUACUACCAAUUGAAGCAAGCUUUAGUAAGUGAUUUAUGUAUUUUUCAAUGGGAUUCUGAAAACUUAGUAUUUCGACUACGGCCAAGCCUUAGUUUUCAUUUCGUUAGCACACAGACACCCUGCGGAGAUGCUUGCAUACACCAAAAUACAAGCGUGAACUCCACCACUCAUCAUAAUCAUGAAAAUACUGAUGGACCAACUGCUACAAAAAGGACAAAAAUUGAAAAUAAUAUCUCAAGUGAAACUGCCAAGUCUGCUGACAACGUAGGAUCUGCUCUAGAUGCGUCUGCUGAUAAUGCCAUCUAUACUGGUGCAAAACUAAUUGGCUUAGAUGAUCAGCAGGAUGCCAUGCUGCAAAAAAUAGGCGCGGUGCGUACAAAACCGGGGCGUGGCGACCGCACACUUUCCAUGUCGUGUAGCGAUAAAUUAGCGCGAUGGAAUGUGCUUGGCGCACAAGGAGCGCUGCUGGAUUCCCUACUUGCAGAGCCUAUCUACUUCAAAUCACUUAACUUUUGUGGUAACCCUCACAACGAACCAGCUAUAAGACGUGCCAUCUAUGAGCGUUUUAUUGAUAGACAUUUUACUUCUUGUAAAUAUAAAAUUCAAAAGCCAGAAAUUCGCUUUGUUCCGGGAAUUACGUUUGAUUAUGCUGAGGAUAAUGACCGGCGGAAUCCAUCACCUACUGGACUUUCCUGGUGUAAUAUUGAUGAACAUUUAAAACCUUAUGAAAUAUCUGUAAAUGGCAAGCGGCAAGGUGUCACCAAAAAACGAAUGAACACUCCACAGGCCGCCCUUAAAAUUGCCAAAUAUCAUCUCAUGAAUGAAUUUGUAGAACUAUUAAGGUUGGAACCGAAGUUGGCGGAAAAAUUUCAGAUCAAUCAAAAUCAACUUUCCGAAAUGAAAUACAACCAAUUUAAACAACUAGCAAAUGACUAUCAAAGCACAUGGGCACUGGCAAAACAAAUUUACUUUCAACAAUGGACGCAAAAACCUCCAAGUUUGUUGGCAUUUUGUUUGACUGCAGAAGAAACAUAAAUGCAAAAAAAUGUGUUCAAGGGUACCUGAAAAGUUAAUCGAAGGGUAAAGACAUUAGACUAGUAUGCAAUUUGUGUUAGUAGAUCAGUGCUAUUUUUAUAACGUCAUGCAUUAAUGUUGUACCUGUGUAUGCUGUAGGAAGUAUGUAGUUAUGAUUGAAACACAUAUUUGAAAGUGAAAUUUUCUUAAUUCAUUUAUUUAUAAGUAUAAGUCCGCUAUAUAUUGAUGGUAUAUGUGUAUAUAAGAGUAAAUAUGUAUGUAUGUAUUGUAUAUGGAGGAUUUUUAUGCAAUUCUAUAAAGAAUAUUUACAAUUUUUGCUUACAAUCAAUCCGACACAGUGUUUUGUUUUUCUUCAAAUAGUUCUUGAAAGUAAAUAAUUCAAGUUAUUAAUUUUUAUUUCCAUAUAAGCUAAAUGCGUAAAAAUGUGAUGUUAAGCGUUGUAGAAAUGAUAGAAAACCAUCGCAUAUCAAACAAAAGUUUGUCUUCCAACCUUUCAUAGCUCAAACUCAAAAUUAUAAGUAUUUAAUUUAGCCCAAAACAAUGCGCAAGACUGAGUUAAUUUCUAAUUUCAAUUGAUAAAUGCAUAUUUUUGUUAUUGUACUACUUAAAUACAUUCCGCGAAGUUCAAUUAAAGACACCUUGCUUUUCCUUAAGAACAUUUGAAUAAAAACUCUGAAGCACAUGCAUUUUUCUACGUUGUGUAGUUUACAAGGCGUCUGACAAAUAAAAAAUUCUUUAGUUAAAAUUAUUAAAAAAAACCAAACGUGAAUUCGUUUAAAGGCACAGCUUCGUAAACAAAAAAAAAUUGUUUAGAAAGCGCAUGGGAAAUGUGUAUAAUAUAAAAAUAAUAGUAGAUCCAAUUUCCAAAUUUGUUUAUCACUUCAAAAGCUUGAGAUUUACAUCCUUCCACUCCAACGGCAUUACUCAAUCAUGUACGUUUAUGCUGCUACAAUAACAACCAUUUCUUCAUAACGAAGUUGCGUAGCACUUCUAAGAUCUGAUACUUACGACGGAGCACAUGCUUCGAUCGGAUGGAAGUCCAGGCGCCGUGAUUGCCCCUCUAUUACUUGAAUCUGCUUAUCCUGGAGCCAACUUCGGAUAGCGCGUGACGCAAGUAUGGCAGUAUUAACUUGCUGAAAUAUGGACGCUUCAUAUAGUAAAUUCAACAAAUUUAUGUAGCCGUCGGAGUUCAUACGUUUGGUAUUUCGAACAUGGGUGUUCUGUUACGAUAACCUAACCAACCCAACCCCUCAAACAACAACUUCAUACCAAAGAUUCGCUUAGUAUAAAAACACUCAGGACUCUGCAAAUCAUACCAGUAGUAAUUAAAACAAUCGGGAGUGUGGAGAUUGAGUAUUUUUCGUCUGAAAAUAUCACAUUUUUACACCUAUCGCUCCCACUAAAUGUGUUGUUUGGCGAAUUCUAGUUUGGGAUGUUUGUGUGACACAAUCAAAGCUGGUUUCAACUUAACGGUCGCCGUGGCCAAAUGGGUUGGUAAUUAUCAA